GACAUUAUUGAACUGAUAACGUCACCUGCGGAAAUGAAUAGAUGAAAAAGCUUAUUUGAGAGAUAUGGAGUGUCGGCAUGACUCAAGCAAAUCGCUCCUUGAUAAAGUGCACCGGCUUGAAAAAAGAUACGAGGAACUCAUUUUUCAAUAUUUAACGUUAUCAAGUGGUAAUAGUUGUUUGACUAUUAACCCACAUAUUUUGCCGGUUUGUGUAAACCAACACUUGGAGAGUUUAAGAAGUGGUCGAGUCAAACCGUUUUCAAUUAAAGAAAUCAAGGUGCUACUUGGAAACGAUAAAUUUAAUGAUGUACUCGAUAUCGAUCAAUCUGUACCGAAUCAUUGCGAUGACACUUACGAGUCAACAUCUCAAGCCGAAGAGGACAUCAAGACUCUCAAUCGAGUAGCCGAGUUGAAAGAACUCGGUUUGUGGACACAAAAUGUCACUUUGCUGGAGAAGUCAACUGAACCGUCUUUUCCGAAGACCCACUGGAGCUAUGUGCUGGACGAGGCAGUUUGGAUGCAAGAGGAAUACGAAAAAGAACGCAAGUGGAAAAAACGAGCAGCCAAAGCGGUGAUUAACAUCGUGGCUAAGUACCAUCGGGACAUCAAAGAACGAGAGACUAGGAAAGAAAAAGAGGAACAGCAGAGAUUGCGCAAAAUUGCCUCCAAUGUUGCCAAGGAGGUGACUAAUUUUUGGUCCAGUGUAGAAAAAAUAGUUAUGUUCAAGCGUGAGGGCUAUGUUAAUGCUAGGAAAAAGCAAAUUCUUGAUGAUCAAUUAGACCAAAUCGUAGAACAAACUGAGAAGUUCUCAAAUAUGUUGCAAGAAGGCAUGAACAAAAGCGACAGUGAAAACAGUGACCUUGAAAGCAACGAUGAAAAUGAAGGAUGUGGUGAAAGAGUUGGAGAAAUAUCGGCUCUGAAAAAAGAGUCUGAAGUUCCAAUUGAUGAAUUGCUUUCUUCAGUUCUGCCGAAAGAUGUUCUUGAAAAUUUGAGAAAAGGUUCGUUUCUGCCGGGACCAAAAUCGGAUUCAGAAAGCGCGUCUGAAAAUGGAUCUUCAGAAGAUGAAGACGAGACAAGCUCAGAAGAAAGUGAUUCUAUCUUGACUCGCGACGAAGAUGAGACGCCAGCCAUCAGUUUGAGAUCUUCAGAUGUCAAUGAAAAUGAAUCUACUCUAGUUGAAAAAGAAAAGAGACGAUCGCAAACAACGAAACCAAAAUUGGAAGAUUUAGAAAUGAACUUGUUUGAAAAACUCGAAAGCGGCUCACUUGAUUCGUCGUUUGAAAAUCCAGACUUAGAUGAUAUAACUGCUAAUGAAUUCAGCGACGAAACUCCGCCUAAGAGUGAAAAUGAAACAGAAACUAAAUUUGCGAUUAAACCUGAAAAUGAAACUAAAGAAGAAAAGGAAGAUAAAGCAGAAGAAAGUGAAAUGAACAGUGCUUUAGAUGGAUUUACUCAAAUGGCGGAACAACUGCAACCAAAAGGGUAUACUUAUCAGUCAACUGAAGUAAAAAUUGAGGUCCCUUUUCUAUUGAAAAACACCAAGUUGAGGGAGUAUCAGCAUAUUGGUUUACAGUGGCUGGUUACAAUGUAUGAGAAAAAACUGAACGGAAUUUUGGCCGAUGAAAUGGGUCUGGGAAAAACAAUCCAAACUGUGGCUCUGUUAGCAUAUCUGGCCUGUGUUCAGGGGGAUUGGGGUCCGCAUUUGGUUGUUGUUCCCACAAGUGUUAUGCUGAACUGGGAAAUCGAAUUCAAAAAAUGGUGUCCCGGAUUCAAAGUUUUGACGUAUUACGGGUCAAUAAAAGAACGCAAGCAGAAAAGACGUGGAUGGAUGCAUAUUAAUGCGUUUAACAUUUGCAUAACAUCGUAUAAACUUGUAAUCCAAGAUGCAAAGUGCUUCAAAACUAAACGCUGGAGGUACUUGGUUCUGGACGAAGCGCAAAACAUCAAAAACUUCAAGUCCCAGAGAUGGCAAGUGUUGCUUAAUUUUCCAUGUGAGUGGCGAUUGUUACUUACUGGAACCCCUUUGCAAAACAGUCUCAUGGAAUUAUGGUCAUUACUUCAUUUUUUGAUGCCAAAUGUUUUUGAGAAUCACCGCGAUUUCAAAGAGUGGUUCUCAAACCCCUUAACAGGCAUGAUCGAAGGCAGUCAAGAAUACAAUGAAAAGCUAGUAGCCAGGUUGCAUAAAGUUUUGAGACCAUUUUUGCUGCGAAGAAUCAAAGCAGAAGUGGAAAAACAGAUGCCGAAAAAGUAUGAACACGUGAUCAAGUGUAGGCUGUCGAAAAGGCAAAGAUUUCUCUACGAUGAUUUCAUGUCUCGAGCGACGACAAAAAAUACAUUAGCUGCUGGUCACUUUAUGAGUGUAAUAAAUGUUUUGAUGCAAUUAAGGAAAGUUUGCAACCAUCCUGACAUGUUUGAACCAAGACCUAUAGUAACUCCAUUUAGCUGUGAGUGCUUGGAAAUUUCUAUGCCAUCUUUAGUCAUAGGCAUCACAAGUCAUCAUGAUCCCUUGAACAAAAUCAAUAUUAGAUCAAACUUUAGAUUGUUUUCUACUGAAUUUUCUUCUUGUCACUGCGUAAAGCCAUGUUCGUAUGAAGAAAUCUCAAAAGCUGAUGAUUAUGUUGACCAUAAUAUCAGAGCCAAAGUUCAAAUUCCAAAUAGUUUUAUAUCACAAACAUUGGGAAGUUUUUCUAUUUCACAGAUUAUGUCAUUCGAGCCAGAUUUGAGUGCAAUUUUAAACGGCCAAAACGCGGGCGUAACGCAAAAGAUUCGUCUCGCGUCUGGGAAAAAUGUGAUUAAAAUAGUCCCAGCUGAUUCGAAUCGAAAUUCCAAUAGCAUUUCUACUAGAUUUAGAAAUUAUGAAAUCAGCGUAAAGAACUCGCGUCGCCAAAUUCUGCGAUCUAUGGCUAGCAUAAGUUGCCGAAAAUGUAUGCUGCUCUCUCUCAAACCAAACAUCGUAGAUCUCUCUUUAGUAAGUUUCCUUCAAAAAUCCUUUUUACAAUCUUUUUGCAACGAGACAAGUUUCAGGUUCUCAGGAAGUUUUGCAAUUGCACAAUCGAAUGAAUUUAAAAGAAAUUCUGUUCUAACUAGACGGAAGUUAUUUUUCGAAUGCUGCCCAAGUUUGAUUAAUCUCAUAUCAGAUCAUUAUGAAGUUGCUGCAAAAUUAGAUUUUGAGCUAAGAACAUUUCUGUUGUAUAUCCCUCAAGCAGUAUCUAGAAGUGCUAGUCUCACAUCAUAUCGGACGAACAGUCGAAGAACUAACACCGAGAGUCUUUUGAGACUCACUUGCAGUCAAGUGCUUCAAAACAGUUCAUACCUCCAAUUACCGAUUUCAAGAUCUCAAGCUUUGUUUCCGGAAACGAGGUUGAUACAAUACGAUUGUGGAAAACUACAGACGUUAGAUUUUCUUUUGAAGCAGUUAAAAAGCGAGUCACAUAGAGUUUUGAUUUUCACCCAGAUGACCAAAAUGCUGGAUAUUUUGGAAACAUUUUUGAACUAUCACGGACACAGAUAUUUACGACUGGACGGAUCAACGAAAAUAGAGCAAAGACAGUACUUGAUGGAAAGAUUUAACACUGACUCGAAGAUAUUUGUGUUUAUUUUGUCGACUCGUAGUGGAGGCAUAGGAGUGAAUUUGACAGGUGCUGAUACUGUGAUUUUCUACGACUCCGACUGGAAUCCAACAGUGGAUAGUCAAGCACAAGACAGAUGUCACAGAAUAGGACAGACGAGAGAUGUGCAUAUCUACAGACUCAUCUCAGACAGGACUGUGGAGGAAAACAUAGUGAAAAAAGCGACUCAGAAGCGACUGCUGGGAGAUCUGGCCAUCGAACAUGGCAACUUCAACGCCGCCUUCUUCCAGCAGAACUCCAUCAAGGAACUAUUCGAAGUCGACGAACAGAAUGGAAGCGAAGUAUCUGUUUCUGUUGCUGAAAAAUCACUGGAGUCUGAAACGUUAAAGAAGGAUAGCGAAAUUAGUUCGAUAAAAGAGAAAAAGGCUGAAAUUAAAUUACAGCAGGUUUUGUCGAAAGUCGAAGACGCGCAAGAUGUGGAUGCGUGUAUGUUAUUGGAGAAAGAACAAGUCGCAGACUUGGCAGAGUUUAACGAAAACGAAGACGACUCAACUAAUACUGCAUUUUGUGGUGAAGUGUACGCGAAUGUAGAUCGCGAGGUGGCUGAGAUCACAGAAAAACUGUCUUCAGUUGAAAGAUAUGCAUUCAAGUAUGUAGAACACUGUUUAGAACCACUCACUCCGGAAUCGAUAGAAUACGCGGUGAACUCAGCGCUGUUUGCACAGAAAAAUCAAGGCGAACACACGAAGUCGAAUAAGUUGCAAAAUGAAGUCGAAGGCCACAGUCCUACAAAGGUUGUGAAGAAAAAAGCGAAGUCGAAGCUAGCGAACACGAUGAGAGCGUCUUCUAGGAUAGCUUUGAAUAAAGAGAGAGAGGAGUUCAAAAGAACGAAUAUUGACUGUUUUGAUGGAAUCGAAACCGACUCGGAUACAAAUAGACAGUCAAGAAAACGAGCUAGAGCUAGUUUGAUUGAACAAGCAACAGAUUUGGCAAAUAAUAAUGCGUCUAGAUCAUCAAGGGGUAGGAGGAUGAAAUUAAACGAAAUGUCUGCUGAAAGCACGCCUAAAAAGAGCAGAAGUGAACGAAAAGCGAACAAAAAGUCGCCGGGUAGGAAACCGAGAAUAAUUUUGCACGACGUAAGAAAACAAUCAGAUUUGACAGAUUCAAAUUUGUCGGCCGACGAAAUUACAGAGGCGGUUUCACUAGGAGAAGACAGCGAGCUGGAUUCUCGUAAUUUAUUAAACACUGACGGGGAGGAGCAACGCACAGAGUUUGAACGAAUGUACCCGGCUAGAAAACGAAUCAAAGUUAAGUACGAUGAUUAUGUAAUUGACGAGAAGGAUGCUACUCAAAGUGCACAAGGAGCUACAAUUAGUAAACGAAAAUCAAGUAACCCAAGGAAGACUAUGGGUGCCAAAGUAAACCGAGUUAUCGGAACUGCUAAUGCGCCGAUAGAUAUUUUAAGUUCAAGAGAAGCUUCUAUAAAUGGAGAUGAUAACGACGAAGACGAUGAAGAUGACGAUGAUCAUGAGGUGAAUGAGUUAGCUUCGAGUAGCAGCAGUACCAUACCUUAUAACCUCAGCGAUGCAAGUAGUUUAGGAGCAAGGUCCAUAAACAGGUCUUCGUUUAUGAAUCAGUUCAACUCUGCUAGUCUUAUUAGAGGCGGUACCAAUCAAACUAGAUUCCAAGGAUACCGGUUAGCACCUGUUCUUGAUAACAUGCAUCCUGGGUUCCAAAGGGUUCCAGUGACUUCGGUGCCAAGAUAUCAUCACCAUCCAAUGCCAGUAAGAGUCCCACCCGUGAACAUAACUGGAUAUUCACACAACCACAAUCAACAGACAUCGCCUGUCAGUUCGAACACAAACAUAUUUCAAUUGUUCUCUAACGGGGGUCUGGAAUCACCUGUGAAAAGUCCAGUCUUUUACCCACAGCAAAAUUUCCAGAUCCCUUCUCUACCCCCGUCGAUGCAAGUACUCCGGAACCCAAGUAUUACGACAACAAACGGUCAGCAUCAUUUGAUCAGAUCAACCUCGUUUUCUCACAUACCCUCCUCUUUACCGUCAUUUGCACACCGACAAAGCGUCAUAACUUCGACUUCUUCCUUAGGAAUGAACCAAAGACCAACCUUUAUAAUUAAACAGAACACAGUUCCAACGUUGAGGAUCCCGAAUUGCAUGAAUGCUGCUAACUCAUUGAUGCGACCUCAAACCGUGAAUAUGAACCGAAGUAGUUUCCUGCCGCCGACUUUGAUUAGACAACCAAGCAGUGGAGGUGCUGCUAAUGUCGUGAAGACCCCUAGAUACAACUUGUUCAACGGGUAGAAAAGUUAGAAUUAAACUCGAUUGAAUUGCGUAUAAUUUAAAACUUAUGCUACAACUUUAAUAUUCCUGAAAAAUAGAUCGUAUCAAUUUUUGCUGUUUAACUUCUAUUUUGUGAACCAG